GUUAUUUUUAAUGUAUCCAGCCAAUGUUUAAUUAAUAAUUAAUUUAUCAUUAAGUGUUAAUAUUACAUUUAAAAUGGACGUUACCAAAAACGAUGAAACUGAAAUAUGUGACACAAUGGAGAGAUUGGGUACAUUCCAAAGAAUACAAUACGUGUUCUCAUUCUUCGCAACCGUACUGGUUACAAUAACACACAUUAAUUACGUAUUUGUUGCUGGAGAAAUAAACUAUAGAUGUCUUAUACCAGAAUGUGAUACCCAUAAUGAAUACAUUCCAACAUGGUGGCCCAACAGUACAAUUGACAAAUGUUUAAAACCAAUACUCAAGCCAAAUGUUGGUCAAACUUGCACCAAUGACAGUUUUACGAAUAAGUUUGAAGAUUGCACGGAAUGGGUGUAUGAAACAAAUGACACUUUAGUAGCAGAGCUCAAACUCGGCUGCCAACCUUGGAAAAUCAAUAUGAUCGGUACAAUGCACAGUGUUGGCUUACUUUUAGCUAUGAUUGUCUCUGGAUGGAUGAUAGAUAGAUUUGGUCGCAAGCCAAUAUUUAUAUUCUGUCUGGUUGGAAGUUGUAUUGGACAUUUCAAAGCAUUUACAUCAGACUACUAUAUUUACGUGGUGAUAGAAUUAAUAGAAGCGGUGAUCACUGGAGGUGCCUACACUACGGUCUCCGUUCUGAUGAUGGAAAUUGGUGGAAAGAAGAAUAGGCUAUUGGCCGGUGUUAUUUACGCAUUUGGAAUAUACAUGGGGGAAUCUGUAUUCGCUGUAAUGGCAAUGUUUGUGCCAUAUUGGAAGAAUUUAAUUAAAGUUAUCUACACGCCACCAAUCUUCAUUAUAUCUUAUGUGUACUUUUUAAAAGAGAGUCCUCGUUGGCAAAUUGUAAGCGGAAAAACUGAAUGCGCGAAAGAAACGUUAUUACUUAUAUCAAAAGCGAAUAAAGUUAAUAUUAAUAAAGAUAAAUUAAUUAAUAUGAAUGGAGAAGAACUUAAGAAAGAAUUUAAAAUAGACAAUUGCCAGCAAAAGGAAACAUUUAGAGAUGCGAUGAAAUCAAGGGAGAUUAUGAAACGACUUGUGAUUGGAUCGUUCGCUAGAUUUGCCGCAUGUUUAGUUUACUAUGGUCUAAUUAUCAACUCUGUAUCUCUUCCGGGGAAUAAAUAUACGAAUUUCUUUUUGUCAUCGUUAAUGUCGUAUCCAGGAGACUUAAUGGCUUUGUAUUUGAUGAAUAAUGUUGGUAGAAAGUUGACAUUAGUCUAUGGUUAUAUAAUUUGCGGCUUGCUCUGUGUUGCAUCUGUUUGCUUUCCUGAUGAUUACACUUGGGUUAAUACAGCUUUCUUCUUGGUGAGUAAGAUGGUGGUGUCCGGUUGCUUCAUAGGCGUGGUGACGUAUACCAUAGAACUAUAUCCGACCAGCGUCAGAGGCACGCUGAUUGGAAUAUCUGCUUUAGUUGCCAGCAUUGGAAACAUUCUUGCACCAUUGACUCCUAUUAUGAAAACUUUUUCACCUGUUCUGCCAUCGUUAACUUUCGGUGCUCUGGCUGUUAUCGCCGGAUUACUUAUCACAAUGACACCAGAGACCAAAGACUCUGCUCUUAUGGACACGGUAGAGCAAGUGGAACGCGAGAUAAAUCUACAAAAUACUAAAAAGAAAGAUAUAAAAGGACAUAUAAAUGAAUCUUUUGUAAGCAAAGAUGAAGUGUAAAAUAAAUAAAAGAAU